UGAUUGUCAACCGAAGCGGACCCGUUCCAAAGAGUAAGCGAACAAAACCACAACAAACGUGGAAUAAUAUUUAUACACAAUGUAUUUGAAUUGAAUAACAGGGUAAUUAAAAAGUGAGCGAAAAAGGCGGGAGAGAAUUGAAAGAUCCGCCAAAAGGAAGGAACAUGUAAGAUUGUAUGCCAGCGUUGCAUUUGAAUAAUAUAAAUUAGUAAGAAAUGUACAGAUAGACAGAAUGUGUGUCAUUGGUAUAAUCGGUCUUCUUCUCUAACACCACCAUUACAACAGCUACUGAUUUUUCAUUUGCUGUUGUUCUGGUCGUCGUUAUGAAUUCCAAUUCCAUCUCUAACCCUAAACCCAGAAGGCUCUAUCAACUUUGGAAAGGAAGCAAUAGAUUCUUUUGUGGUGGAAGAUUGAUAUUUGGUCCUGAUGUGGCCUCAAUGUUUCUGUCCACGCUUCUUGUUGCUGCACCUGCAAUUGCGUUUUGUGUCAAAACCUACUUCAAGAUUAUCGACAAUCAAACCAGACAUCCUUACCAUUGGUAUCCUGUCUUAAUCGUGGGCGCUUUCUUAACUAUACUCGAUUUAGUGUUCCUCUGCUUGACCUCUAGUAGAGAUCCUGGAAUAGUCUCUAGAAAUUCACGGCCUCCUGAAUCUGAUGAAGCACUCGAUGCAGCUACACCUUCUAUGGAAUGGGUCAAUGGUAGAACCCCACAUUUAAGAUUACCGCGGACAAAAGACGUAAUCGUAAAUGGCCAUUCAGUCAAAGUUAAGUACUGCGAUACUUGUUUGCUUUAUCGUCCUCCCCGUGCUUCCCAUUGUUCAAUCUGCAACAAUUGCGUUCAGAGAUUUGAUCAUCACUGUCCUUGGGUUGGUCAGUGCAUUGGAAUUCGUAACUAUCGCUUCUUCUUCAUGUUUAUAUCAACAGCAACUAUUUUGUGUAUAUAUGUGUUUGUGUUUUCAUGGAUUCACAUCCUUAGCAAGAAGGAGCCCGUUUGGAAAGCUAUAACACAUGACAUCCUCUCUGAUUUUCUCAUUGUCUACUGCUUUGUAGCUGUCUGGUUUGUCGGCGGCCUUACAAUUUUCCAUUCCUAUCUGAUUAGUACAAACCAGACCACCUAUGAGAAUUUCCGCUACAGAUAUGAUAAGAAGGAGAAUCCAUAUAAUAUGGGUUUGAUGAGAAAUGUCAAAGAAAUAUUUUUCACUAAGAUCCCCGCUUCAAUGAAUAAAUUUCGAUCAUUCGUGGAGGAAGAUGAUAGUAUAGUAGCAACACCAGUUAUGCCAAACCUUGGGGAUGGUUUUGUUAGCUCAAAAGAGAAAAUUGACAUUGAAAUGGGAGCUAAGCAUGCAGAAGAAAAGAAUUAUUCGCUUCCAGAAAUUCUACGAAACUUGGAUUAUGAUGAUGACUCGGAGGAUAAUUUAAAGACAAAACAGGAAGAAGGAAUGCCUUCUUCUGAUCCAUUCUUACCCAAUGAACAAGAUGCAAAAAUGUUGUUGCAAAUCUCUGUUGUUAAAGAUGAAGUGAGAGAACCUGUACAAGGUUCAACUACCGGGGAUGAUGGUGUGGUAGAAUCUGUGUUGAGCUCGAGGGGAUAUGUGGAAUGCUCUACUGCUGGAGACGGGAUGGAAGAUCCUGUUCAAAUGUCAAGUCUUGAAGAUAAAAUAAGAGGAAAUGCUGCAGCUGACGUGAGAGAAUCUCCAGAAAGUUGUGCAGCAGAAGAUGGCGUGCGAGAUUCUAUCAAUUCAAGUGCUGGAGAGGAGACUAACUCAGUAGAGGAAAUCAAGAAACAAUCGUAAUUCACAAGAAAUGACGGAAUCAUUCCUUCAAGCAUAGAGGUUUGAAUAGAAGCCUCUCUCCUCAGUUGAGUGCAGAGGUUGGAAGAUUGUGUUGGGAGAAGAAGUUGAUUAAAAUUUGAAAAUGUAAAUGUAAUAAUGUAAAAACACAAGGAAGUCUCUUGUUGUUUUACAUUUCAUAAUCUCAAGACAGAUGAGUUGAUAAAAUUAGGAAGAUUUUUCAACAAUUUGCUACCAAUGUUCAUUUUUAACUUCAAUUUAUUGUUUCAAUCUUUUCUCUAUAAACAAACUUGUUCAAUUGCA